AUGUCUCCCCUCAUCCCCGUCCAGCCGUUGUUCAGCUCCCGUACACAGAUGUCCCCCCACGCAGUCGCCAUCCACCCCGGAGUCACCCGUGAGGAGUACGUCGACAGCCUCAUUCGGAGACACAGCGUUCUCCGCACUGAGUAUAUUACACUCAAGGAGCGCUACAGGAGACUCGCGCAGGAUCACGCCAACGCGUUGAACCCUGGUCGUAAUCCUACCGUCAAGGUUUUCAGGGCGGCACCUCUGAUCAAUGGACUUGCGCAAUGGUUGGAGAGCUUUGCGAGUGAUCUGGAGGCUUUGUUGGAUGCUGUCAACGUGGCGGAGGCGAGGGCGUUCGAGAAGUUUACGGAGCUUAUGAAGGUGGAUAAACUCCUUCAGGAUCUAGGGGUCCCCGUGGCGGACGACUAG